AUGUUGCCUCUCAGAUCCUCUUUACAGGGCAGAAGGUCUAAGUGGCUCCCCUCCCUGCCAUGCCCUGCUCUGACCCCUGCCCGUGGCAACCUCAGCACCCAGGGGGCGCCAUCUGGCCCAGAGAAGGAGAAAAACACCAGGGAGGGAUGGGGGAACAAUAAAAACAGGGUGUGUGUCCCUCAUUGUGCUCUCCAUCAAAGUGCUGGUGGUACGGCUUCAACAGGGCUCCCACCCCGGCCCAAUCACCAGGCAGUGGCGAGCAGAUGGAACAAGUACAUCAAGCUGUGGGGGAUUAUUAAAAUGACUGACGACUGGGUAUCAUCUGAAAUACAGCAUUAUUAA